CCCCUCCUCCCCCGGGAGAGCUGGCGGGGGAGGGGCGGCGGCGGCGGCUCCCUCAGCAGCUGUCAUCGCUGCCGGCUCCGGGACGGGACGGGCCUGCGCCGCGGCCGGGCACGAUUCCUGCUGGAAACCCUGGAACAUAAAGAGUUGCUUUUGGCAGACAAUGCUAAGAGACACUAUGAAGUCCUGGAGCGACGGCCAGUCAGACCUUUACAGCAGUGAUCAGGAAGAGGAAGAAGAGAUGAUCUUUGGUGAAAAUGAAGAUGAUUUGGAAGAGAUGAUGGAUUUAAGUGACUUGCCUACCUCAUUGUUUGCCUGCAGCGUGCAUGAAGCUGUGUUUGAGGCACAAGGGGAGAAGGAAAGAUUUGAAGCACUUUUCACAAUCUAUGACAACCAAGUUACAUUCCAGUUGUUCAAAAGCUUCAGAAGAGUAAGAAUAAACUUCAGCAAUCCAGAGGCAGCAGCCAGCGCCCGGCUCGCACUCCCCGCGCCUGACUUUAAUGGAAAAAAGCUAAAGCUUUAUUUUGCACAGGUCCAGAUGUCCAGCGAAGUGGGAGACAAAUCCUAUCUCCUUCCACCACAACCUGUCAAACAGUUCCUGAUAUCACCACCUGCAUCUCCACCAGUUGGAUGGAAACAGAGUGAGGAUGCCACUCCUCUUAUAAACUAUGACUUGCUUUGUGCUGUUUCCAAAUUGGGGCCAGGGGAGAAAUAUGAACUUCAUGCAGGAACAGAGUCUACUCCUAGUGUAGUUGUCCAUGUUUGUGAAAGUGAAACAGAAGAAGAUGAUGACAUGAAAAAUCCCAAACAGAAAAUCAUGCAGACAAGGCGCCCAGAACCACCUCAGACAAUACUAAAUGAAUCUAAAACAUUUGAUUGUACACCAGAGGUAGGGGGUAUCAUGCACCGUUAAGAUCUUGUGGUGAUAUAAGCAGUGUCUGUAAUGAGAUGCUAAAUUAAGAUGUGUAUUGAUGUCUGCAUUGCUGCAUUAUAUAUGGCAGUGGCAGAUUUUACUUGUAGGUAGUUCUCUCUCAUGUUAAAGAUUUUGGAUGCCAAUAUUUCAAACAGCACUUUAAUUUUAAGGACUAACUCCCCCAAAUGUAGCAAAAUCCACUGAAUUUAAAAUAGUGACAAAAUAGGAGGUUUUUCUUGAUAUUGUGUAGCAUGGUGCACUAAAUGCUAAAACAAUAUCUUAAAGUAACCAUCUGUAUAUUAUUUUCAAAAUAGUUUGUUGUAUAGUAAUCAAAUGUGGCUAUCUUUUGUAUGGGGUGCACUGAUAGAGAUUUUGGGGGCCGAUACCAAUAGCCAAUUUUUAAGGAGGCAUAUUGGC